AUGACACAAAGAACACAACUGGAACAGGAAUUGCUGGCUAAAGCAGCUCAGUACCUGCCCGGUAGCAGCACUGGAAACACCAGCUACCCUGAUGAGUUGAAAUUCCUGGUUCGCGAGGGUAACGGCGGGCGUGUUUGGGACGUGUCGGGCAAUGAAUACAUUGACUGGUUGAUGGGUUCCGGCCCCAUGAUUCUGGGCCAUGCUCACCCGGCCGUCACUGAAGCGGUUCUGUCAGCGGUGGGUCGCGGUUCGACUUUCUUCACCACCAACGAACAGGCGGUCAUGCUGGCUGAGGAAUUGGUGAACGCGGUACCCUGCGCAGAGCAGGUACGCUUCACCACCAGCGGCACCGACGCCUGUUUUCAGGCCAUGCGUGUGGCCCGAGCGUUCACUGGCAAGGAAAAAAUCCUCAAGUUCGAGGGUGGUUUUCACGGCACCAGUGAUUACGCGAUGAUGUCGGUGUUUGGAUCAGCAGCGAACGAGUUUCCCCAGGCUGAAGCCAACAGCGGCGGCAUCCCGCGCGCCCUGAAUGACCUGAUGCUGAUAUCCCAGUUUAACGAUCUGGAAACCACCGCCGCAAUCAUCGACGCCCACAAGGAUGAGAUUGCUGCCGUAAUCGUAGAGCCAAUGCAGCGUUCGCUGGCCCCGGUUCCGGGCUUUUUGGCCGGUCUCCGGAAACUCACCGCUGACGCCAACCUGCUGCUCAUCUUCGACGAAGUGGUUACGGGAUUCCGCCUGGCCUACGGUGGCGCUCAGGAGUAUUACGGCGUAACGCCCGACCUGUGUUCGGUAGGCAAGAUUAUGGGUGGCGGGUACCCGCUGGCCGCAACGAUGGGUCGUGCCGAUGUUAUGUCGGUGUACGAUCGAGCCGCGGUGUCCUCUGAUGAUUAUGUUGACCAAAUCGGGACGCUGAACGGGAACCCCAUUGCCUGCGCCGCCGGACUGGCCACGUUGUCCGAGCUUCGGAAGGAUGGAGUUUACGAUCGAUUGCACGCCGUCGGCGGGCGUUUGCGUCAGGCUUUGGCGCAGGCGUGCCAAGACCAGGGCCUGCUCGUUCAAAGCGUAGGCGAAGAUGCUGUCUUCGACAUCUAUUUCUCCGAUCAUCCCAUCCAAAACUACCGGGACGGUUUGACCGCCGACGCUGCUACGCUGGGUCGACUCAACGCCGGUUUGCUGGAACGACGCAUCAUCAAGUCAUGGCCGCAGAAAUUCUACACGUCCAUCGCCCACACCGACGAUGACGUGGACGAAACCAUCGCGGCGAUACAGGCAGUGGUGCCUACCUUGCGGAGUUAG